AAAGCCUCCAACCUUUCUCGUUCGAAAAUCCCCCCUCUUAUUUUUUUUUCUUACACAAAUUAUUCGUAUGUGUUUUUGUAUUUAUAUACGUAAUUCUAUACAUAAAUACGGAUCAAGAGGCUUCUUGAUUGAGGUUAAUUAGUGAGGAAAUUUAGAGCCUGUCAUGUUUAUUGGAUUUUUGUUUGAAUCCGACCUGUGUAAACAGAGACCAGUCUUUAAUUCCAGAUUUUUGCCCUUUUUAAGAUUUUGAAUUUCGAUAUUCCCUCAAAUUUGGGUGUUCCAGUGAGGACACUUGUAUAAUUCGUGUUUACUGAUACGAAAAAUUGCGUUAUAUUUGUUUCCUUUUUUUUUUUUUUUUUUGCCCCUUUUUAAUGGAACAAAGUGAGGGAGGAGAUUUCCUUCCAAAAGGGCCGCAGCACUCACAGGCUACUCCAGCAGCUGCCGCUGAUUUUCCGGUCAGGAAUCCGGCGAGACAACUGGAUUUUACGGGGUCCGGAGAUGGCGCAUCAUCGUCCGUGGGAUUGGCGUUGGCGGAGGUAUCUCAACCGCAGCAAUCACAGACGCCAAGCCAUCUUAUCCAGCAGCAGCAUCCACAGUUAGUGAAGCCGAAAAAUCAGCCGCCAAAGCCUCCGCCGCUGCCACAGAUUCCACUUUUGACAAUGCAACCAGCCGUACCUUCCUCUCAUCCUUCCGUUCGACCUGCGUUGAAACCUGAAUCCCCAAGAGUGCGAUCGAGGCAAAAUCUAGCUGAAGUUAAAGAUGGUACUCCAAAGAAGCCAAAGCAGUGUAACUGCAAACACUCACGGUGUUUAAAAUUGUAUUGCGAAUGCUUUGCAUCUGGCGUAUAUUGCGAUGGAUGCAACUGUGUGAAUUGUCAUAACAACAUUGAAAAUGACGAAGCCAGACGAGAAGCAGUUGAAGCUACACUGGAGCGUAAUCCACAGGCUUUCAGGCCAAAAAUUGCAAGCAGUCCUCAUGGAGCUCGUGAUUUAAGGGAGGAGACUGGAGAAGGUGUAGUCUUGGCAAAGCAUAACAAAGGAUGCCACUGCAAGAAAUCAGGAUGUCUCAAGAAGUAUUGUGAGUGCUUCCAAGCAAAUAUUCUUUGUUCUGAAAACUGUAAAUGCUUGGACUGCAAAAAUUAUGAGGGAAGUGAAGAGAGGCAGGCUUUGUUUCAUGGAGAUCAUGCCCACGACAUGGCAUACAUCCAGCAGGCAGCAAAUGCUGCGAUCACUGGGGCUGUUGGAUCCUCUGGAUAUGGAUCUCCUCCCGUUAACAAGAAAAGAAAGGGUCAGGACCUCUUCUUUGGAUCAACAGUUAAAGAUCCAGUGCACAAGAUCCGGCAAUUUCAACAGGCAGACCAAAUAAAUGCUUCUUUACCUUCCUCUUCAUUGCCAUCGAUUCCUGGUGCUUUUGCUGGUAAUGCAUUAACUUUGGGCCCUUCAAAAUUUACCUACAGAUCUCUCCUAGCUGGCAUCAUUCAGCCCCAGGACUUGAAGGAACUUUGCUCAGUUUUGGUGUACUCUGGAGAAGCUGCCAAGAUUCUUGCAGAUGAAAGAAAAGCAGCAGAAAAACAGGCAGAGAACUCUCGAGAAACCUUGGCGGCUUCGUCAGCGCAAGAUCAAUGUCAAUCCCCAAAGAAUGCUGGAGCAGAUAAACCUUUGAUUGAUGAUCUCUCAAGUCGCAACCAGGCUGAUACAAACUCUGAGGAGUAUACUUCCAACGGAGCUGGCGACUCAAAAGAAAGGCCAAUGUCUCCCAGUACAUUAGCUCUAAUGUGCGAUGAACAAGAUACAAUAUUUACUCCUGCUGCCUCCUCUAAUGAGCUAUCAGGCCAUAGUAGUGUAACUACGCAGUUGCUGAAUAGGCAAGACCUGAGUGAAACCUAUGCAGAGCAAGAAAGAAUUGUUUUGACAAAAUUUCGUGAUUGCCUUAAUAGACUCAUCACUUUAGGAGAAAUAAAAGAAAUGAAGUAUUCGUCGUUGGCACAAACAGAAUUACAUCAGCAAAAUGAGCUAACCAGCAAUGGCACAAAAAAUGCGAGAACUGAUAUCAGGAGACCACGGCAACCAAAUAGCAAUGGUGUUGAAAAGUUGGUGUUCAACUUAAACCAGCCAGGACAUCUCCAAUAGGUAAUAUUGCUGCCAAUAAUGACCCAAAUUCAAAAAAUAUCGGCCCCCAGCGUUCGCUGUGAAAACGGGGUUGUAAUACAAAAAACUAACGAGAUGUAAAAUGAUUAGGACGAGAUAUUUACACAGAAAUACGCUGAUCUCUAUAAUAUUAGGCUGAUCUUUGGUUCACCGGCAAAAACCUGAUAUAGAGCCCAUUUUUAGCUAGGACUGAGUAGAGUCUGCUACAUUUUGCCAUAUUCACUGAUACAUUAAUUUCUAAAGUUUAUAAAUUUUAUUGCAA